CACUUCGCGCGUUCCACGCGGUGUCAGCGCCAUAAACGGACUUUUCACUGUGUCACGACUCUUCCAAACCCGAACUGGUGAAAGGAGAAACAGGAAAGUGCAAACACAAAACGAAACAACGAAAAUCAACACUUCUGCCCUACGCAUUGGCUUUUUGCAGUUUGUUUUCGCUAGAGGCUUCGUCCGAAAAUCUAAGAGCUCUCAGAGUGGGAAUGAGCAAACCAAAAUUAUCUUGCCUUUGUAAUAGCAGCUGGAGAAUUGCAUCCGCAGAAUGUUCUCGGAGAUAUAAACUUCCGUUUGCCAACUGACAGCUUGAAGGAGUUGGGAAGAAACCACGCAGGGAUGAGUCAGCCAACAACAGUGCCUCCGAUUACUCCAAAUAGUGGCUUCCUGGUGUCUUCCUGGUUCAUUAUUUGCAUUGCGCUUGGCGUGACCUUGCUGUUUGUACUGUUAAUCGGAUUUUGCAAGCUGUGCAACCCGAAGGCUUUUCGGCCCAUAAAGAGUCAACAUGCCCGACUCAACACCAUGGCGUUUGGCCCGAAGCGCAAUGGCUGGCGCCAUCGCGGCAAGAGCUCAGAUAGCGUUGUGGGCGACGAUGACGAUGACGUAUUUACAAUGAACAUUGGAAAUCAAGACCCCUGGAGAGAUCUGGCAGCCGAGCUUGAAAUCUACCAGGCGCACCAAAUUGAACGUGGCAAGGUGACUCCGGCAGGCUCGUCCGACGAAGAUGGUGACGCGGGCAAGUGGGCACCGCAAGGCGUGGAUAUGUCGCAGACAGGCGGAGCGACUCAUCGCCACAUGACCAGACAGGCCACCCAGGUGGACACCUGGACUAGCGUGAACAGCGAUUCAGACGAGGACGAUCCGCAGGAGUCCUACGUCGAGUGGACUGGAGCUAGGAAUUCUAUUCCAAGAGGUCUGCCAGCAAGCGACGUGCCCUCUCAGCAAUAUUCUCCGGAGGUCACUUCCGAGGCUGGCUGUGCAAGAACACCUUCAAAGAAGAGUUCACUUGGCUGGAGGUUUGGGGGCAGUCUCCCUAGAAAAUCUAUCUCCAUGAGAUCGGAAAGAUCUGACCGCUCCACACGGUCAGAAAGAUCGGAACGGUCCAUACCGUACGAUCGCAGGAGCCAGUCCACCACUGUGGACUUGUCGGAGGACCUAACGACUCCAUUGCAUGAUGUGUCGACUAGCUAUACAAUGCACUUUCCACGUGCACCAGUGGGCAAGAGCGGCAGACAGGGGGUCUCGGCUACUAGCAGCAACACAUUCAUCGCUGCCACCAACGGCUUUUCUACCUCGCUAGAUGAACCUGCCGCCGUGCGAAAGGGUUUGCCAGCUCCUCGAGACAGUCCGGUCAAAGCCUCGCCACCAUCUUGGCGUAGGAACCUGGCCGCGUCGAUCAAGUCAAGGAAGUCUUCUAAUUCUUCAAAGGCAGCCGCCACUGCUACCCCCCAAGUUGCUGUGGCUCCUGCCCCUUCGUUGGUUGCUACUCGCCGUUCUGACCACCCUGCUACACGCAUUGCCGAUGCCAGUUCCACCGGCAACAGUACGACAAGUAGCGAGCAUCAAGUAAACUUUAGAUCAUUCCUGAGGCCGGUGCCGGUGCCUGAUCGUCGGCCCAGUAUGAACCCGGCGGCAGAAACUGCUACAUCCGGCACGCCAAGUUCUGGGUCACGCAGGGGAACUUUCGCCCAGCUACGAAGGGAAAGCAACGCCCAGUCGCACAGGGGAAGCUUUGCCCAAUCUGUCAAAAGGGAAGUCGAUGCAAGAAAUGGUGACCUGGGAGUUCCGCAACAAGUGAAAGCCAACGUUUCGAGUGAUUUGGCAGAGCGGCGCAGGUUUCUUGCCUCCUCUUUUGAGCUUGACCUACCUCCUCCGCCAUCUCACCUGUAGUCCUCACAAUAAUGACUGCAUGUAUUUGUAUGGCAAGCUAUACACACACCCUGGUCCUGUGUUGCAGAGGAAUUACAUAGUCCUCGACUGGUCUGUACGCAGCCUGUGCCUUCUUUGUACUUCUCGAUCAUGGUCUAUGUGUUAGUAAUACUUCUGGCACUGGACACUCUGCCUGUCUGUCCAUCAAUCUGUCUUUCUGCCAGUUUGUCUGCCGUCUGUCUGUCUGCCUGUCGGUCUUUCUGCCAGUUUAUCUGCCUGUAUGUCUGUCUUUCUGCCAAUUUGCCUGUCUGUCUGUCUGCCAGCUUGUCUGCCAGCUUGUCUCCCUGUCUGUCUGCUAGCUUGAUCACUAUAACAAAUAACCACGAGAUCGCACACUCAUAGAAACCUUCCUUGCCUAGUUUGCAACAGACGUUGCAUCAAUUUUUACUUUAUUUAUUUAUUUAUAAUAUUCAUUAUUAAUUGGUCCAUCAGUAAUGCUGUGCUCAUGUAACACAACUCUGCUGUCUCAAUAGGCAUUCUUUGUUAGGUAGCGACUUUCACUUAUUCUCAAAACUUGAUCUAAAAAUGCUUCAGUAUUUUCAAAGUGCCUUUUUUUUACAGUCUUGAUCAUCGGCUCUCAGACGCUGUGCUGUGCUGCCC